AUGGCCAACAUUACAAGAUACUCUAUCUUCAUCUGGUCUUAGUUUAUGUGAUAGUAGUGUGAAAACCAAAAUUCAUGAUCGGCUUGUUAAAAUGCCUGGUCUUGAAUUCAAAGGUUCUUCCACUACUAUUACUAAAAAAUCAUCAUCAUCAUCAUCGUCUACUUGUAAUUGUUUUCAAGAAGCUGAGAAGUUAGGGUUGAGGGUUGUUGCUGCUGAACAUCUUAGAGACAGUUUUGUUGGUCUUUAUGAUCUUAAAGCUGCUGAUGCUGGUAUUUCUGUUCCUCAAAUACGUACCCUUGAAAGACUUGCUCGUGCUAGAAGUGCUGGAGUAACACAAAGUCAACUUGCUAAGGAAUUUGGCAUGAAAGGAAAUAAUAUUUUCUAUGUGGUGAGGAACUUAGAAUGCCAGGGGUUGGUUGUUAGGCAAUCAACUACGGUAAGGACAAAAGAAUCUGCCGUGGAGGGAGAAAGUGUCUCAAGUAACACUUCAAUUGUCCACACCAACUUGAUUCAUUUAUAUCGUUACGCUAAGCAUUUAAAUUCUCAACAAAAACUCGAAAUCACGAAAAGAGAUGCAAUGGAGAGUCCAAAGCGUGCGGAAGGAAGUACUUCAAAUGGGGAUGCCGCUUUAGGAGAUCAUGUCAUUGAAGAUGUUCUUGUAAUGGAUUAUAUACUGACUGACUGGUAUCAAUAGGAUUAGC